CAGAUUGUCAAGGAACAUUUAGUUGAUUUAUGUUCGGAAAAGAAUUUCGAAAAACGUAGAAAAUUAAUGGUUGAGACUAGGAUAUGACCUAUGUCCGGAAAGGGGGAGAUCAUUCAGAUUCACAUCGGUCAGGCCGGUGUGCAGAUAGCCAACGCCUGUUGGGAGCUCUAUUGCUUGGAGCAUGGAAUUCUGGCCAAUGGAAGGCUUACGCAAACGCCCAUGGACGAUUCAUUCCUGACAUUCUUUGAGCUCACCAGCAAUCAGCCAUGCGUGCAGCCUCGACUUGUGAUGAUUGACACGGAACCCACCGUGAUAGAUGAAAUCCGCACGGGCUCCUACCGCAAUCUCUUUCAUCCGGACACCUUGAUCUCGGGCAAGGACGAUAGUGGCAGUAACUUUGCCCGGGGCUAUAAUCUGAUGGCCAGCGAGCUGCUGGAUCGCUCCAUGAAUGCCAUUCGUCGCGUGGCCGAUCGCUGCAGGAACCUGAGGGGUUUUCUGGUCUUCCGGGCGAUUGGCGGGGGUUCUGGUUCCGGGUUGGGUACUCGCAUCAUGGAAAGACUCGUGGACGACUUUGGCAAGAAGAUGACCGUUGUAGAAUUUCUGGUCUAUCCCUCGCCUUCGAUCUCACCGGUUAUUGUGGAGCCCUAUAAUGCCCUGCUGGCCGCCCAUUUCUCAAUGGACUGCACUGAUGUCUCCUUUAUUGUGGACAACGAGGCCCUAUACGACAUUUGUGCCAAUACGCUGAAUGUCCCGGCACCCACCUACACGAAUCUGAAUAGAAUCAUUGGACAGGUGGUUUCCAGCUUCACAGCCUCACAGCGUUUUGGCGGCGGAUCCACCGUGAGUUUCCAGGAGCUGCAGACGAACCUUGUCCCCUAUCCGCGCAUCCACUAUCCGCUGAUCAACUACGCGCCCUUGGUUCCCAUUACGCACUCGCAGUUUGUCAAUAUGUCGACGGCCCAGCUGACGGGUCAGUGCUUCCAGAUGAGCAACCAAAUGGUCAGGUGUAAUCCCGGCCACGGCAAGUACAUGGCCAGUGUACUGCUCUACCGCGGGGACAUAGCCCCCAAUGAGAUCAAUACGGCGCUGGAGAACAUCAAGAGGAACAGGUCGUUCCGAUUCGUCGACUGGUCGCCCACGGGCUUCAAGAUCGGCGUGAGCCCCAUGCCGCCGUACUAUGUGCCUGGCGGGGAUCUGGCGCCCACCAAUCGCGCCUGCGUGGCCAUCUCGAACAACACGAACAUCCGGAUCGCCUGGUGCCGCCUGGUCAAUAAGUUCGACAAGCUGUACCAGCGGCGGGCCUUCGUCUAUCACUAUGUGGGCGAAGGGCUGGAGGAGGGCAACUUCAACGAGGCCUCCGAGAACAUCUGCCAGCUGGUGCACGACUACCUGGAGGUGGAUGCAUCGGCUCCCACAUCGCGGCGCGAUUCCGAUCCGGAAGAGGAGUGAAGGUCAUUAGCAAAACUUACUACCUCCCAUUUCUUGUAUUCUGCUUUUUUAACCAAAAUUAUAUUUGAGUAAAUUCUGUGUGUGAAAUUUG